AUGAGGAAGCUCGUGCAAUUUAUUUACCUGGUUAUUGAAUUCCAGGAGACCGAUUUGAUGUACACUAUGUUAAGCAGGUUGAACAAUCAGUACAGAGAAAUCAAUAGGAGAUUGGGUAGCAUACACAGGAAAGUCAGCAGAACAGGUCAAAUCACCAACAACGUUUUCGGUAUUCCCAUGUUCAUGAUGUUCGGAAUUAGAUUUACAUUGCUAAUUUUCGAUGGACACAUUCUCAGUCACAUAAUAUUCAACACAUUCUAUUUAGCGAGAUCAACUGUAACUUUAGUACAUCAAAUUUGGAACAGUAUAGAAUCGCCGGAAACCACGAUUUUGCAACUUUUCAACGGUCGACCAAAGUUCACCGGUUCAGAAUUCUUUAAAAUCGAUUGGCCUAUAAUAAUACUUAUUACAGGAGCAGUGACAACCUACAUUGCAAUUAUUAUACAAUUCGAGAUUGCCGCUGCAGUUUCAAAUAAUUCUACUUUAGCCCAUUUCCAUCAUCAUCAUUCUUAUUAA